AUGCCUUCUCGGAAGGAACUCGUAGCCUACGCCCGCGACGACGCUGCCGUUGCAUCGGCCAUUGGUGCCGACCUUGUCAUCUUCCAAACUCUACCUGAUCUGUUGAACUCUGUGCGACACCUCAACCCCGCGAUUCCAAACUUCGACUGCUCGGUUUUCACUGGCGAGUAUGUUACUGGUGGCGUCGACGAGGCAUAUAUGCUCCAUAUCGAGGGACUUCGUGCCGACAACCUACGAGACAAGGCCCUUAGUCUCAAUCUCGACGCUCUUGAAGGCACAGACGUUGCUGGAAAGCUCCCCAACGGAGCUAGUAGUGACCACCACGAAAUGAAAACAGGAGCCAGCACCCCCGUCAACGGCUCAGACGACACCGUUGGGCUGCACAAUACAUUUAAUUCUUGA